GUUGACAGUCAUCAGCCGCAACAGCAACAAGGUCAAGGAUCUCAUAGUCGAGCACCUAGUGCUGGACCACCUCCAUCAGCUGCAACGCCAGACAGCAGGCAAUCGGCUGAAGAAGCUGGAACUAUGCGUCCACCAAGCCAUCCACCACAACAACAACAACAACAAACGCAACAACAACAACUGCAGCAGCAACAGCAGCAACUGCAACAACAACAGCAGCAAUUACCGUGUGCAACACCGCCUUGCAGUAUGCCACUACCGAUGCCAUCGAUGCCAUCUCAGCAACAGCAACAACCGAUGCAGGUACCAUACUACGGGCAGCCGCAGAUGUAUGGCAGUCCGGGGCAGAGGCCAACAGCUGGACCACCUCCCAGUGCAAUGCCAAUGCGUGGUGGCAACUAUCCACAGGCUGCAUAUCCACAACCGCAGCCGUCGAAUACAUAUCCGGGGCACAGCUAUCCGGAGCCAUACCAGCCACCAAUGCAUCCAGGAGUGACGCCUCAGCUGUACCAGCAACCG